AUGAGUGGUUCGUCCAAUAGAAGUGACGACAAGGACUUUAAGUCUAUCUCCAUUGAAGCUAGGGUAUCUACAGAGGCUGGGUCUGCAGUGGAUAUAAGAAAUGUUAAUAGUCAUAUUCGUUCCAUUCGUUCAAAGACAGGUGCAGGUGAAGUUAAUUAUAUCAACUCUGCCACAUCGGUGACAGACAAUCAGCUCUUAGCGGAGAUUGGUUAUAAACAAGAAUUAAAGAGACAAUUUAGUACAUUCCAAGUUUUUGGUAUUGCAUUUUCAAUUAUGGGGCUUCUUCCAUCCAUUGCAUCAGUGAUGGGUACAGGUAUAUCUGGUGGUCCGACAACAUUUGUAUGGGGAUGGUUUAUAGCCUCAAUAUUUACAAUAUUUAUUGGUAUUUCGAUGGCAGAAAAUGCAAGUGCAAUUCCAACUGCAGGCGGUUUAUAUUAUUGGACUUAUUAUUAUGCCCCAGAAGGAUUUAAGAAGGUAAUUUCCUUUGUCAUUGGUUGUUCCAAUUCUCUAGCUUUAGCAGCAGGUUUAUGCUCCAUAGAUUACGGUCUAGCAGAAGAAAUCAUGGCGGCUGUGGUUCUUACAUUUGAUGGUGACUUUGACGUUACAAGUGGUAAAUUAUAUGGUAUAUUUGCUGCUGCUGUCGUAGUUAUGGGAAUUUGUACUUGCAUCUCCUCUGGUGCAAUUGCCCGUAUGCAAUCUUUCAGUAUUGCAUCUAAUCUUUUCAUUAUUGUUUUGCUAUUUAUUGCCUUACCAAUAGGUACUAAACGUAACAGAGGUGAAUUUAAUGACGCCAAAUUUAUAUUUGGUAAAUUUGAAAACUUUAGUGAUUGGAAUAGUGGUUGGCAAUUCUGUAUGGCAGGAUUUAUGCCAGCAGUCUGGACCAUUGGUUCAUUUGAUUCUUGUGUUCAUCAAUCAGAAGAAGCCAAAGAUGCAAAGAAAUCCGUACCCAUUGGUAUCAUUGCAUCGAUUGCCGCCUGCUGGAUUUUGGGAUGGUUAAUCAUUAUCGUUCUCAUGGCAUGCAUCGAUCCAAAUCUAGAAAAUGUUGUUGAUACUAAAUACGGUUUUCCCAUGGCUCAAUUGAUUUAUGAUUCCCUAGGAAAGAGGUGGGCAAUUACAUUUAUGUCACUUAUGGCAUUUUGCCAAUUUUUAAUGGGAUGCUCAAUCUGUACAGCGAUUUCGAGACAAAUUUGGGCCUUUUCUCGUGAUGAUGGUUUGCCGCUAUCAAAAUACAUUAAAAUUGUUGAUAAACGUUAUUCUGUGCCAUUCAAUGCCAUUAUAGCAGCAUGUGUCACCUGUUUAGUCCUGGGUUUAUUAUGUUUGAUCGAUUCCACGGCAGCUAAUGCCCUAUUUAGUCUGGCUGUGGCAGGAAAUUAUUUAGCCUGGAGUAUACCCACAUUGUUAAGAUUUACAACGGGAAGAGAUCUAUUUAGACCCGGACCAUUUUAUUUAGGAAAACCCUUAUCAGCGAUUGUUGGUUGGACCGGUAUCUGUUAUGAAUUUUUUAUAAUAAUUAUGGUGAUGUUUCCCACCCAGAAAAACGGAAUCAAUAAGACCAACAUGAAUUAUGCUUGUGUCAUUGGGCCUGGUAUUUGGUUUUUGAGUUGGAUAUAUUAUAUCGCAUAUAAGAAGAAGUAUUUCCGUGGUCCAAAAACAAAUCUGUCAGAGGACGAUUAUGAAGAAAUGGUUGCUAUUGACAAUAUAGAUGAAAUCAUGAUGUCCAAAAUUAUUUAG